AUGCCCCCUCCGGCUCAUCGAGCCCUCCAGAUAUUUGACGUUAUCCACGAAAUCCUGCUACAUUACCAGCCAAGUAGUGACCACAGACAAGAUCUGGCUCGGAUUGCCCGCGUCAAUAGGAUAUUCUCGCAAAUCGCUCUUGAUCUGCUGUGGCAGGAAUUGGACGACAUCGCGUACGCAUUUAAGCUUUUUUCGGCAUUCAAAGGCCUUCCAGUCCAGGAACAUGAGCAUAAAGCCCGUCGUGAUUCAGACCGAGAUAUAGAAGGUGGCGACGAACCUGCUUACUACGACCUCGGCAGCGACAUAUCUCCUGAUGAGUGGACACUCUUCCGACGGUAUGCACGACGCGUCCGGAAGCUACGUCUGGAUUUUGGUGCCUCUCCCACGUCUGGAACUGAGGUCCUCGCCCGCUUGACGAGCCUGAAUUCCCGCAGCGCCCCCUUGUUUCCUGGGUUGCGUUCUGUGGAGUGGGUGCGCAGCUCGCUCUCCGAUACAAGUCUCGAGCACCUUGUGUGUUCCUCUCUUCGCAAAAUCAACUUUAUCGCAUCCAAUGAGAUGCAGGCUUCUCUGUUUGGUCAAUAUCCAAGGGACGACAGUCUCAAAUCGCUUCUGCAUACCGUAUUCUCCGUCGCAUCGCCACAGGUCAUCCGUUUCCACUAUGGUCUUCAUUCGUCUUCUCUUGUGCCUUCUUUAUGGACGCAGAAUCUGACUUACAUCAAGUUGGAAUGCGAUCCUCUGGAUAUAGAACUCUUCACCGUGCUCCAGAGUCUCGAAAAUUUGAAGACCCUGGUGCUUAUAACGGGUUCAGUGGGUCCGAGAGAUGAUGAACUGGUCCUACCAACCGGCUUCAAGUUUCUCAAGAACCUCGCCGUAACUGCACACCCUAGCGUCGUACUACGUCUGUUUGCCAGCAUCGGGUCUCCGAGCCUAGAGUGGCUCUCCAUCGAGGGCUACGACGGUGUCACGAGGGGCACCAUGCUCGAGUGGCACAAAUGCCUUUCUGCCAUCUCAGCCAAGUCUGCGGCGUCGCUUAAGCAAUUUUUCCUCAACAUAGCGAUGGAUGAUCCGCCAGAGCUGGAAUGCUCAUCAUUUGCAGCCUUUUCCCGGCCGCUGUUGUCGGCUCACGGACUGAACACCCUCGAGAUUGAGAUAUUGGGUUGCGGCCGCAUGCAUUGGGAAGAACAGGACUUGUUGGAGUUCGCUACUGGCUGUCCCAGCCUGACUUCCUUUACCUUCCGAUUCGGCGAGGACACCCGCGACCCCGAUGCUCCCGCUGUGCUGGAACCUCGCGUCAUAGAGGAGUUUGUGCGACUUUGCCCCAACCUGCAUACGCUGAUCCUUCCCAAAGUGAACAUGCGACACGCGUACCAACCCUACACUACGCCCAUCAAAGCGCCAUUGCUGGAGAUCCUAGAGUUCGGCUAUCGGAGGAACACGUUAGUGCAAAAUCCCCUGGCGUUGAUGUAUUACCUCGUUUGUCUUGCGCCGAAAUUAAACAUCGGGCACUAUUUUGUGCCCUUAAAGCACGAAUCAGACCUCAACGAGGAUAAUGGCAACAUUACUCCAGCACCCGAAGUUGACCCUGAACAUGUUGAUGAUGGCCUUGCGUCGGCAUCAGAGAAUGGCUCGGGACGCGAUGAAGACGCAGCUUCUGCGUCGGAGACUACUUCGGAUUUUGAAGACGCUGCUAUUGCGUCAGAAGCCGGCCCCGAUAUCGAGGACGAGACAGGCUAUGCUGGCGAUGUCGAUUCAGAUACUACAGAUGAGAACGACAACCGCUCUGCCGACACUUCUGAAUUCACAGAUGACAUGUCAACUGACUUCGAUGGCGAGGACGAACCGCGAGUUUCACCUACGCAUAGAAUCGAUCUCCUGGCGAGUGUAACACGCGGCGACAGCUCUCUUUCUGCGUCAGAUGAGGACGAGGCCAGCGGUGUGAAUGAGACAGGUCUUACAGGAACAGUCUCAGGCAGAGCCGAGUCCAUGUUUGAAGACCCACCUGAAUCUGACCUUGAGGACGAAACGCGGUCUCUACCUCUGGAGGAAACUCGAUUCUUGCCUUCGGAUGACCCUUGUUAUAUGGUAGGAUUCCCCAAGCUGGGAUCCGGGUACUACGCGUGGCCUCCGGAAACUCGAUACGUAUCCUACUCUCGUGGCGACUUUGCCGGUAAGUAUGAGUGCAACGCUCGGUCUCCGACGGGUGAGAUUCCCAGCGGGUCAGAGGACGUUAUCUGCGACACAGUCAAUCCUGAGAGCAACGCAGGAACACUGGACGACACACCUUGUCCGCCUCACGAUGACAAGCCUGAGUCUAACCAUUGUGGCCAACAUGAUUCCGGAAAAGAUGAUACGGACCAACAUGAUUCGGGAAAAGAGGGUAAUAGUUGCGUGUCAGAAGAACAGUCCGGUCCCAGAAACACGAUUCAUGGCCGAUAUGUUGAUGACACACUCACUCUCAACGUUGCAGACGAACCCGGUGGCGGGGACGAAGCGCUCUUUUCGGUGAGCGCAGGCCAUUUGAAUGAUACCGACGGACAUGCCAACGUCCAUACGCAAUCUUUGGCAAACACAUCUGGCUUGGACGUCGAAGACAUCCUCACCAAGCCUUCGGUUCGUGUUAUGUUACAGUCCCUACUAGCCCGGUUCAUAGAAGCAGACGAGUCUAAGGUCCUUACAUGGUAUGGCGUCGUACUUGUAUUGCUCGAGGCGCAGAAGAGCGAACGUUCCAAGAAGUAG